AGCGCCUCUGAAACCCUGAGUGCUAAUCUCUGGAUCAAGGGAGGCUGGCACAAGGCAUUCUCCGUAUGAAAAAUCUAUGCUAGUCGUUGCCUUGGUGCUUUGUUCUGUGCAGUCCUGGAGACCCCGGGGUGGGGCAGGGGUGCAAGGAUUAUGAACUUCACCUGAGCCUCCUCGGAGUGCAGAUGCCCUAUCUGUGGAGCCACGUGCCCCUUUCUCAAGCUUCUCCCCCACCCCCCGACCAUAUAAGGAGAUGCAGCUGCUAGGGGCCUCCCUGGGAUCUAAAGAUAGCAGUCCCUGCCUGGGGCUCCAAAGGCCACCCGGGCUCUGGAGCCGCCAUGGCACGGCAGCAUGCCCGGACCCUGUGGUACGACAGGCCCAAGUAUGUGUUCAUGGAGUUCUGUGUGGAGGACAGCACUGAUGUGCAGGUGGUGAUCGAGGACCACCGCCUGGUGUUCAGCUGUAAGAAUGCCGACGGGGUGGAGCUGCACAACGAGAUUGAGUUCUAUGCCAAGGUGAACUGCAAGGACUCCCAAGACAAGCGCUCUAGCCGCUCCAUUACCUGCUUUGUGAGGAAGUGGAAGGAGAAGGUGGCCUGGCCCCGGCUCACCAAGGAGGACAUCAAGCCUGUGUGGCUUUCCGUGGACUUUGAUAACUGGAGAGACUGGGAAGGGGACGAGGAGGUGGAGCUGGCUCAGGUGGAGCACUACGCAGAGCUCCUGAAUAAGGUCAGCACCAAGAGGGCGCCCCCUGCCAUGGAUGACCUGGAUGAUGAUUCCGACAGCGCCGAUGCACCGAGUGCUUAGCUGCCUGACUGGAGCCAGAAGGAGACCUGGCUGUUCCCCAGCUGCUCUGAAAGCCAACGUCGUGAACUCUUGGCCCCAAGGCUGCCUGGGAUCUCAGAGCUUUCCUAGCAGCUUGCGACUAAGGGGUUCCUGCCCCAGUUUUUCUGUUUUCCAUGACACUUGACUUGAGCACCACGUAGGAUGGAAGAAUGAGGAAGGGUGGGCUGGUGAGAUAUCUGGCUUUCUCCUGAUCCACUUUUAAUCUCUGGGGUGAUGCCACCCCAUCAUCUGGCUAUUUGAUGUGUGACAGAGCGAAAGCCAAAGAACAAAAGGAGAUGAGAAGGCUGUAGAAUGUGUGUGUAAGUGACAGAGGAACUAAUGGAUGAUAAUAAACUCCUGGG